AUGUUUCCACCUGCUCAUCAUUGUCACUUUCAAUCGCUUCCUUCUGUCUGCUUCAAUCAUCAUCUCCUGUCUCCUCAUUUCCCUGUCUCCUUCAAUCAUUGUCCUUUCAAUCCCUCCUUCUCCUUCCCCAAUCAUCAUCUCCUGUCAAAUCAUUCCCAAUCGCCUCCUUCAAGCAUCUGCUUUCAAUCAUCUAAUCAUCAUCCUGUCUCCUUCAAUCAUUUCCCACCUGUCUCCUUCAAGCAUCAUUAUCUGUCACUUUCAAUCAUAUCCUUCUGUCUCGCUUCAAUCAUCAUCUCCUGUCUCGUUCAAUCCAUCAUUGUCCUUUCAAUCGCCUCCUUCUGUCUUUUAAUCAUCAUCUCCUGUCUCGUUCAAUCAUUUCCACCUGUCUCCUUCAAGCAUCAUUGUCCUUUCAAUCGCCUCCUUCUGUCUGCUUCAAUCAUCUUCCUCCGUCUCCUUCAAUCGUUUCCACCUGUCUCCUUCAAGCAUCAUUGUCACUUCAAUCGCCUCCUUCUGUCUGCUUCAAUCAUCUCCUCAUCAUUGUCACUUUCAAUCGCUCUCCUUCUGUCUGCUUCAAUCAUCAUCUCCUGUUCCUUCCACCGUUUGCACCUGUUCCUUUUAAGCAUCAUUAUCUGUCACUUCUCUAAUCUCCUCCUUCUGUCUGCUUCCAAUCAUCAUCUCCUGCUCCCCUUCAAUCGUUUCCACCUGUCUCUUCAAGCAUCAUUAUCUGUCACUUUCAAUCGCCUCCUUCUGUCUGUCAAUCAUCUUCUCCUGUUCCUUCAAUCGUUUCCACCUGUCUCCUCUACAUCAUUUUCAUUAAUCGCCUCCUUCUGUCUGCUUCCAAUCAUCUUCUCCUGUCUCCCUUCAAUCGUUUCCACCCUGUCCUUGUCCUUUCAAUCGCCUCCUUCUGUCAUUUACCUGUCUCAAUCAUCAUCUCCGUCGCUUCCAAACGUUUCCUUCUGUCUCUUUAAUCAUCUUCUCCUGUCUCUUUCAAUCAUUUCCACCUGCAUCAUUGUCACUUCUGUCUGUCUUGAAUCAUCAUCUCCUGUCUCGUUCAAUGUUUCCACCUCCCAAUCAUCUUCUCCUCCUUCAAUCAUUUCCACCUGCUCUCCUUCAAGCAUCAUUAUCUGUCACUUUCAUCUAAUCAUCUUGUCUGUCUCCUUCAAUCUUUUUCCACCUGUCUCAGCCUUCAAGCAUCAUUAUUGUCACUUUCAAUCGCCUCCUUCUGUUCGCUUCAUCUUCUCCUGUCUCCUUCUGUCGUUUUCUGUCUCUUUCAAGCAUCAUUGUCACUUUCAAUCGCCUCCUUCUGUCUGCUUCAAAUCAUCAUUUCCUGUCUCCUUCAAUCGUUUCCACCUGAAUCCUUCAAGCAUCAUUGUCACUUUCAAUCGCUUCAAUCAUCAUCUUCUGUCUCCUUCAAUCUUUUCCACCCUGUCUCCUUCAAGCAUCAUUUUGUCACUUUCAUUCGCCUCCUUCUGUCCUUCAAUCAUCCUCUCCUAUCUCCUUCAAUCAUUUCCACCUGUCAACUUCAAGCAUCGUAUCUGUCACUUUCAAUCGCCUCCUUCUGUCUGCUUCAAUCAUCAUCUCUCCUGUCUCCUUAAAUCAUUGUCACUUUCCACCUGUCUCCUUCUGUCUCGUUCACUCGUUUAUCAUUGUCGCUUUCAAUUGCCUCCUUCUGCAUGCUUGCUCAUCAAUCUCCUUCAAUCUUUUCCCACCUGUCUCCUCAAGCAUCAUUAUCUGUCCUUCAAUCAUUUCAUCAUCUCCUCAUCAUUGUCACUUUCAAUCCGCCUCCUUCUGUCUGCUUCAAUCAUCAUCUCCUGUCUCCUUCAAUCAUUUCCAACAAUCUGUCUCUGUCUCCUUCAAUCUUUUCCUCAUCAUUGUCAAUUUCAAUCUCCUCCUUCUGUCUGCUUCAAAUCUCCUGUCUCCUUCAUCAUCUCCUUCAAGUCUCCUUUCAAUCGCCUCCUUCUGUCUACUUUUCCAUGUCAUUCAAUCGUUUUCCACCUGAAUCCUUCAAGCAUCAUUAUUGUCCUUUCAAUCGCCUCCUUCUGUCUGCUUCGAAAUCAUCUUCUCCUGUCUCCUUCAAUCGUUUUUCCACCUGUCUCCUUCAAGCAUCAUUCAUCUGUCACUUUCAAUCGCCUCCUUCUGUCUGCUUCAAUCAUCUUCUCCUGUCUCCUUCAAUCAUUUUUUCCAUCUGUCCUGUCUCCUUCUCCAAGCAUCAUCUCUGUCACUUUCAAUCGCCUCCGUCAUUGUCUGCUUCAAUCAUCAUCUUCUCCUGUCUCCUUCAAUCGUUUCUACCUGUCUCCUUCAAGCAUCAUUGUCACUUUCAAUCGUCUCCUUCUGUCUGCUUCAAUCAUCAUCUCUCUCCUUCAAUCUUUUCCUGUCUCCUUCAAACAUCAUUAUCUGUCCAAUCGCCUCCUUCUGUCUGCUUCAUCAUCUUCUCCUCUCUCCUUAAAUCAUUUCACCUGUCUCCUUCAAGCAUCAUUGUCUGUCUUUCAAUCGCCUCCUUCUGUCUGCUUCAAUCAUCAUCUCCUGUCUCCUUCAAUCGUUUUCCACCUGUCUCCUUCAAGCAUCAUUGUCACUUUCAAUCGCCUCCUUCUGUCUGCUUCAAUCAUCAUCUCCUCAUCAUUGUCACUUUCAAUCGCCUCCUUCUGUCUGCUUCCAAUCAUCAUCACCUGUCUCCUUCAAUCGUUUUCCACCUGUCUCCUUCAGCAUCAUUGUCUGUCCUUUUCAAUCGCCGACUUCUGUCUUCAAUCAUCUUCUCCUGUCUCCUUCAAUUUCCACCUGUCUCCUCCAAGCAUCAUUGUCACUUUCAAUCGCCUCCUUUCUGUCUGCUUCAAUCAUCAUCAUCCUGUCUCCUUCAAUCUUUCCACCUGUCUCCUUCAAGCAUCAUUAUCUGUCACUUCUUUCAUUCGCCUCCUUCUGUCUGCUUCAAUCAUCUGUCUCCUUCAAUCAUUUCCACCUGUCACUUCAAGCAUCAUUUGUCACCUUUCAAUCGCCUCCUUCUGUCUGCUUCAAUCAUCAUCUCCAGUCUCUCAAACGUUUCCACCUGUCUCCUUCAAGCAUCAUUGUCACUUUCAAUCGCCUCCUUUCUUGAAUCAUCAUCUCUAUCUCCUUCAAUCUUUUCCCCAAUCCUUCAAGCAUCAUUUUUUCACUUUCAAUUCCUCCUGUCUGCUUCAAUCAUCAUCACGUGCUCUCCUUCAAUCUUUUCCCACCAUCUCCUUCAAGCAUCAUUAUCUGUCACUUUCUAAUCGCCUCCUUCUGUCUGCUUCAAUCAUCAUCUCUGUCUACUUUAAUCGUUUCACCUGUCUCCUGAAGCAUCAUUUGUCUUUCAAUCGCCUCCUUCUGUCUGCUUCAAUCAUCAUCUCCUGUCAAUUUUUCCUUCAAUCGUUUCUACCUGUCUCCUUCAAGCAUCAUUGUCACUUUCAAUGUCCUCUCCCUGUCUCCUUCAAUCAUUUCCACCUGUCUCCCUUGUUUUCAAUCCUGCCUGCUUCAAUCAUCUUCUCAUCUGUCAAUCUUUCAAUCGCCUCCUUCAAGUCUUUCAAUCGCCUCCUCCUGUCUCCUUCAAUCAUUUCAAUCAUUUCCACCUGUCUCCUUUCAAGCAUCCUUUCACUUUCGCCUCCUUCUGUCUGCUUCAAUCAUCAUCUCCUGUCUCCUUCAAUCGUUUCCACCUGUCUCCUUCAAGCAUCAUUGUCACUUUCAAUCGCCUCCUUCUGUCUGCUUCAAUCAUCAUCUCCUGUCUCCUUCAAUCGUUUCCCCUGUCUCCUUCAAGCAUCAUUAUCGCCUCUUCUGUCUGGCUUCAAUCAUCAUCCUUUCAACCUGUCUCCUUCGCAUUAUCUUUCUCGCAUCUCCUUCAAUCUGAUCAUCUGUCUCUCCUUCAAUCAUUUCCACCUGUCUCCUUCAAGCAUCAUUAUUGUCACUUUCAAUCCCCCUCCUUCUGUCUGCUUUCAAUCAUCAUCUCCUGUCUCCUUCAAUCGUUUCCACCUGAAUCCUUCAAGCAUCGCCUCCUUCUGUCUGUCUCCAUCAAUCAUCUUUACUUCUGUCUGCUUUCUCUCCUGUCUCCUUCAAUCGUUUCCACCUGUCUCCUUCAAGCAUCAUUGUCAAUUUCAAUCUUCUGUCUCCCCUUCUGUCUGUCCUUCAAUCAUCUGUCUCCUGCAUCAUUAUCUGUCCUUUCAAUCAAUCGUUUCAUCAUCUCCUGUCUCCUUCAAUCCUUUCCCCUGUCUCAAGCAUCAUUGUCACUUUCAAUCCUUCCUUCUGUCUGCCAAUCAUCAUCUCCUGUCUCGUUCAAUCAUUUCCACCUGCUCUCCUUCGAGCAUCCAUUGUCACUUUCAACUGCUUUCAUCAUCUCCUGUCUCCUUCAAUCAUUUCCACCUGUCUCCUUCAAGCAUCAUUGUCCUUUCAAUCGCCUCCUUCUGUCUGCUUCAAUCAUCAUCUCCUGUCUCCUUCAAUCGUUUCCACCUGAAUCCUUCAAACAUCAUUGUCCUUUCAAUCAGCUCCUUUGUCUGCUUCAAUCAAUCUGUCUCCUUCCGUUUCCACCUAUCUCCUUCAAGCAUCAUUGUCACUUUCAAUCGCCUUCUUCUGUCUGCUUGUCAUCAUCCUUCAAUCAAGCACCAUUUCCACCUCGCCUUCCUCCUUCUCCUUCAAUCAUCAUCUCCUGUCUCGUUCAAUCGUUUCCACCUGUCUCCUUCAAGCAUCUUUCAAUCGCCUCCUUCUGUCUGCUUCAAAAUCAUCAUCUCCUGUCUUCAAUCAUUUCCCACCAUCCUCCUUCAAGCAUCAUUAUCUGUCACUUUCAAUCUCUGUCUGCUUCAAUCAUUUCCUUCAUCGUUUCCCUGUCUCCUUCAAGCAUCAUUAUCUGUCUGCUUCAAUCGCCUCCUUCAAUCGAUUCUGAAUCCUUCAAGCAAUCAUCUUCUCCUGUCUCCUUCAAUCGUUUCCACCCUGUCUCCAUCAAGCAUCAUUGUCACUUUCAAUCGCCUCCUUCUGUCUGCUUCAAUCAUCUUCUCUGUCUCCUUCAAUCGUUCCACCUGUCUCCUUCAAGCAUCAUUAUCUGUCACUUUCAAUCGCCUCCUUCUGUCUGCUUCAAUCAUCAUCUCCUGUCUCCUUCAAUCGUUUCUGUCUCUUCAAGCAUCCUUGUCCUUUAAUCGCCAUCUUCUGUCUGCUUCAAUCAUCAUCUCCUGUCUCCUUCCGUUUCCAUCUGUCUCCUUCAUCCAUUGUCACUUCUGUCUGCUUCAAUCAUCUUCUCCUGUCUCCUUCAAUCGUUUCCACCUGUCUCCUUCAAGCAUCCUUGUCACUUUCAAUCGCCUUCUUCUGUCUGCUUCAAUCAUCUUCUCCUGUCUCGUUCUUCAAUCGUUUCCACCUGUCUCCUUCAAGCAUCAUUGUCUUUCAAUCCUCCCCUUCUGUCUGCUUCAAUCAUCAUCUGUCUCGUUCAAUCGUUUCCUUCUGCAUCAUUGUUUCAAUCGCCUCCUUCUGUCUUCCUGUCUCCUUCAAUCGUUUCUUAAGCACCUGCCUCAUUCUCCUUCGAGCAUCAUUGUCAAGCAUUUCAAUCGCCUCCUUCUGUCUGCUUCAAUCAUCAUCUCCUCAUCAUUGUCACUUUCAAUCGCCUCCUUCUGUCUGCUUAAUCAUCAUCUCCUGUCUCCUUCAAUCGUUUCCACCUGUCUCCUUCAAGCAUCAUUGUCACUUUCGUCGCCUCCUUCAUCUGCUUCAAUCAUCUUCUCCUGUCUCCUUCAAUCGUUUCCACCUGUCUCCUUCAAGCAUCAUUGUCCUUUCAAUCGCCUCCUUCUGUCUGCUUCAAUCAUCAUCUCCUGUCUCCUUCAAUCGUUUCCACCUGUCUCCUUCAAGCAUCAUUGUCACUUUUCAAUCCUCCUUCUGUCUUGCUUCAAUCAUCAUCUCCUGCUCUUUCAAUCGUUUCACCUGUCUCCUUUAAGCAUCUUCUGUCACUUUCAAUCUCCUCCUUCUCUCCUGUCUCCUUCAAUCGUUUCCACCUGUCUCCUUCAAGCAUCAUUGUCACUUUCAAUCGCCUCCUUCUGUCUGCUUCAAUCAUCUUCUCCUGUCUCCUUCAAUCGUUUCCACCUGUCUCCUUCAAGCAUCAUUUUCACUUUCAAUCGCCUCCUUCCUCCUUCAUCUCCUUCAAUCAUCUUUCCCUGUCUCCUUCAAUCAUUUCUACCUGUCUCCUUCAACCUCCUGCAUCGUCAUUGUCACUUUCAAUCGCCUCCUUCUGUCUGCUUCAAUCAUCAUCUCCUGUCUCCUUCAAUCGUUUCCACCUGUCUCCUUCAAGCAUCAUUAUCACUUUCAAUCGCCUAUCUUCAAUCAUCUUUUCCUGUCUCUCCUUCAAUCGUUUCACCUGAAUCCUUCAAUCGUUUCAAUCGCCUCCUUCUCUGCUUCAAUCAUCUCUCCUUGCUUCAAUCAUCUUCAAUCUCUUCUGUCUCCUUCAAUCGUUUCCACCUGUCUGUCUUCAAUCUCCUUCAAUCGUUUCCACCUGUCUCCCAUCAUUGUCACUUUCAAUCGCCUCCUUCUGUCUGCUUCAAUCAUCUUCUCCUGUCUCCUUCAAUCGUUUCCACCUGUCUCCUUCAAGCAUCAUUGUCACUUUCAAUCCGCCUCCUGGUCUGCUUCAAUCAUCUUCUCCUGUCUCCUUCAAUCGUUUCCACCUGUCUCCUUCAAGCAUCAUUGUCACUUUCAAUCGCCUCCUUCUGUCUGCUUCAAUCAUCAUCUCUGUCUCCUUCAAUCGUUCACCUGUUCCACCUGUCUCCUUCAAUCGCCUCUUUGUCUGCUUUCAAUCUCCUGUCUCCUUCUGUCUUCAAGCUUCAAUCCUUUCAAUCUCCUCCUGUCUCCUUCAAUCGUCUUUCUGUCUCCCUGUUUCCUUCAAGCAUCAUUGUCACUUUCAAUCGCCUCCUUCUGUCUGCUUCAAUCAUCAUCUCCUGUCUCCUUCAAUCGUUUCCACCUGUCUCCUUCAAGCAUCAUUGUCACUUUCAAUCGCCUCCCUUCUGUCUGCUUCAAUCAUCAUCUCCUGUCUCCUUCAAUCGUUUCCACCUGUCUCCCUUCAAGCAUCAUUGUCACUUUCAAUCGCCUCCUUCUGUCUGCUUCAAUCAUCAUCUCCUGUCUCCUUCAAUCGUUUCUACCUGUCUCCUUCCAAGCAUCAUUGUCACUUUCAAUCGCCUCCUUCUGUCUGCUUCAAUCAUCAUCUCCUGUCUCCUUCAAUCGUUUCCUGAAUCCUUCAACAUCAUUGUCUUUCAAUCGCCUCCUUCAAUCAAUCCUUCUUGUCCUGUCUCCUUCAAUCGUUUCCACCCAUCCUUCAAGCAUCAUUGUCUCCUUCAAUCUGCUUCAAUCCUUCUCUGUCUCCUUUACAAUCGUUUCCCUGUCUCCUUCAAGCAUUUCAUUCAAUCAUCAUCUUGUCACUUUCAAUCGCCUCCUUCUGUCUGCCUCCUUCAAUCAUCAUCUCCUGUCUCCUUCAAUCGUUUCCACCCUGUCUCCUUCAAGCAUCAUUGUCACUUUCAAUCGCCUCCUUCUGUCUGCUUCAAUCAUCAUCUCUGUCUCCUUCAAUCUUUUCCACCUGUCUCCUUCAAGCAUCAUUGUCACUUUCAAUCGCCUCCUUCUGUCUGCUUCAAUCAUCAUCUCCUGUCUCCUUCAAUCGUUUCCACCUGUCUCCUUCAAGCAUCAUUGUCACUUUCAAAUCGCCUCCUUCUGUCUGCUUCAAUCAUCAUCAUCAUCGUUUCCUUCAAUUUUUUUCCACCUGUCUCCUUCAAGCAUCAUUGUUUCGCCUCCUUCUGUCUCCUUCAAUCAAGCUGUCUCCUUCAAUCGUUUCCACCUGUCACUUCAAUCGCCUCCUUCUGUCUGCUUCAAUCAUUUUCCUGUCUCCCUAAUCUCCUUUCAAGCAUCAUUGUCCUUUCAAUCGCCUCUGUCUGCUUCAAUCAUCAUCUCCUCAUCAUUAUCACUUUCAAUCGCCUCCUUCUGUCUGCUUCAAUCAUCAUCUCCUCUCCUUCAAUCGUUUCACCUGUCUCCUUCAAGCAUCAUUAUCUGUCACUUUCAAUCCUUCUGUCUGCUUCAAUCAUCUUCUCCUGUCUCCUUCAAUCGUUUCCACCUGUCUCCUUCAAGCAUCAUUUUCACUUUCAAUCGCCUCCUUCUGUCUGCUUCAAUCAUCUUCUCCUGUCUCCUUCAAUCGUUUCCACCUGUCUCCUUCAAGCAUCAUUAUCUGUCACUUUCAAUCGCCUCCUUCUGUCUGCUUCAAUCAUCAUCUCCUGUCUCCUUCAAUCGUUUCCACCUGUCUCUUUCAAGCGUCAUUGUCACUUUCAACUUCAAUUCAAUCCUGUCCUCCUCAAUCGUGUCUGUCUCCUUCAAUCAUCUUUCAAUCGCCUCCCCUCCUGUCUUCAAUCAUCUCUCCUGUCCUUCAAUCGUUUCCACCUGUCUCCUUCAAGCAUCAUUGUCACUUUCAAUCGCCUCCUUCUGUCUGCUUCAAUCAUCAUCUCCUGUCUCCUUCAAUCGUUUCCACCUGUCUCCUUCAAGCAUCAUUGUCACUUUCAAUCGCCUCCUUCUGUCUGCUUCAAUCAUCAUCUCCUGUCUCCUUCAAUCGUUUCCACCUGUCUCCUUCAAGCAUCAUUGUCACUUUCAAUCGCCUCCUUCUGUCUGCUUCAAUCAUCUUCUCCUGUCUCCUUCAAUCGUUUCCACCUGUCUCCUUCAAGCAUCUUUUUCACUUUCAAUCGCCUCCUUCUGUCUGCUUCAAUCAUCAUCUCCUGUCUCCUUCAAUCGUUUCCACCUGUCUCCUUCAAGCAUCAUUGUCUGUCUGCUUCAAUCAAUCCGUCUCCUUCCUUCUGUCUUGCUUCAAUCAUCAAUCUCCUGUCUCCUUCAAUCGUUUCAAUCGUUUCCUGUCUCCUUCAAGCAUCAUUGUCACUUUCAAUCGCCUCCUUCUGUCUGCUUCAAUCAUCUUCUCUGUCUCCUUCAAUCGUUUCUGUCUCCUUCAAGCAUCACUUUCAAUCGCCUCGUUCCUGCUUCAAUCAUCAUCUCCUGUCUCCUUCAAUCGUUUCCACCUGUCUCCUUCAAGCAUCACUCAUCUUGUCAUCGUUUCCAAUUCGCAUCAUUGUCCUUCAAUGUCUGUCUGAUUCAAUCAUCAUCUCCUGUCUUCAAUCUUUUCCACCUGUCUCCUUCAAGCAUCUCCUUUCAAAUCUGUCUUUCAAUCAUCCUCUCCUGUCUCCUUCAAUCGUUUCCACCUCCUUCAAGCAUCAUUGUCACUUUCAAUCGCCUCCUUCUGUCUGCUUCAAUCAUCAUCUCUGUCUCCUUCAAUCAUUUGAAUCGCCUCCCUGUCUCCUUCAAGCAUCUGUAUCUGUCACUUUCAAUCGCCUCCUUCUGUCUGCUUCAAUCAUCCUCUCCUGUCUCCUUCAAUCGUUUCCACCUGUCUCCUUCAAGCAUCAUUGUCACUUUCAAUCGCCUCCUUCUGUCUGCUUCAAUCAUCUUCUCCUGUCUCCUUCAAUCUCCUGUCUCUUCAUCAUUUCCUUUCAAUCGUUUCCAUCUCCUGUCAUUUCCUGUCUCCCUAAAUUUCAAGCAUCAUUGUCACUUUCAAACGCCUCCUUCUGUCUGCUUCAAUCAUCUUCUCCUGUCUCCUUCAAUCGUUUCCACCUGUCUCCUUCAAGCAUCAUUGUCACUUUCAAUCGCCUCCUUCUGUCUGCUUCAAUCAUCAUCUCCUGUCUCCUUCAAAUCUGUCUUUCCAUCCUUCUGUCUUCAAUCAUCUUCUCCUGUCUCCUUCAAUCGUUUCUGAAUCCUUCAAGCAUCAUUGUCUCCUUCACCUCAUCAUUGUCACUUUCAAUCGCCUCCUUCUGUCUGCUUCAAUCAUCAUCUCCUGUCUCCUUCAAUCGUUUCCACCUGUCUCCUUCAAGCAUCAUUGUCACUUUCAAUCGCCUCCUUCUGUCUGCUUCAAUCAUCAUCUCCUGUCUCCUUCAAUCGUUUCCACCUGUCUCCUUCAAGCAUCAUUAUCUGUCACUUUCAAUCGCCUCCUUCUGUCUGCUUCAAUCAUCUUCUCCUGUCUCCUUCAAUCAUUCCCACCUGUCUCCUUCAAGCAUCAUUUUCACUUUCAAUCGCCUCCUUCUGUCUGCUUCAAUCAUCUUCCUCUCCUUCAAUCGUUUCCACCUGUCUCCUUCAAGCAUCAUUAUUGUCACUUUCAAUCGCCUCCUUCUGUCUGCUUCAAUCAUCAUCUCCUGUCUCCUUCAAUCGUUUCCACCUGUCUCUUUCAAGCGUCAUUAUCUGUCCUUUCAAACUUCUGUCUGCUUCAAUCAUCUUCUCCUGUCUCCUUCAAUCGCACCUGUCUCCUUCAAAGCAUCAUUGUCACUUUCAAUCGCCUCCUUCUGUCUGCUUCAAUCAUCAUCUCCUGUCUCCUUCAAUCGUUUCCACCUGUCUCCUUCAAGCAUCCUUGUCACUUUCAAUCGCCUCCUUCUGUCUGCUUCAAUCAUCUUCUCCUCUCUCCUUCAAUCGUUUCCACCUGUCUCCUUCAAGCAUCAUUAUCUGUCACUUUCAAUCGCCUCCUUCUGUCUGCUUCAAUCAUCUUCUCCUGUCUCCUUCAAUCGUUUCCACCUGUCUCCUUCCACCAAGCAUCAUUGUCACUUUCAAUCGCCUCCUUCUGUCUGCUUCAAUCAUCAUCUCCUGUCUCCUUCAAUCUUCCAAGCAUCAUUUCCUUUCAAUCGCCUCCCUGCUUCAAUCAUCAUCUCCUGUCCGUUUCCACCUGUCUCCUUCAAGCAUCAUUGUCACUUUCAAUCGCCUCCUUCUGUCUGCUUCAAUCAUCAUCUCUGUCUCCUUCAAUCGUUUCCACAAUCCUUCAAGCAUCAUUGUCACUUUCAAUCGCCUCCUUCUGUCUGCUUCAAUCAAUCUGUCUCCUUCAAUCCACCUGAAUCCUUCAAGCAUCAUUGUCACUUUCAAUCGCCUCCUUCUGUCUGCUUCAAUCAUCAUCUCCUGUCUCCUUCAUUUUCUGUCUCCUUCAAACAUCAUUUCCACCUGUCUCCUUCAUCAGCAUCAUUAUCUGUCACUUUCAAUCGCCUCCUUCUGUCUGCUUCAAUCAUCAUCUCCUGUCUCCUUCAAUCGUUUCCACCUGUCUCCUUCAAGCAUCAUUGUCACUUUCAAUCGCCUCCUUCUGUCUGCUUCAAUCAUCAUCUCCUGUCUCCUUCAAUCGUUUCCACCUGUCUCCUUCAAGCAUCAUUGUCACUUUCAAUCGCCUCCUUCUGUCUGCUUCAAUCAUCAUCUCCUGUCUCCUUCAAUCGUUUCCACCUGAAUCCUUCAAGCAUCAUUGUCACUUUCAAUCGCCUCCUUCUGUCUGCUUCAAUCAUCAUCAUCUGUCUCCUUCAAUCUUUUCCACCUGUCUCCUUCAAGCAUCACUAUCUGUCACUUUCAAUCGCCUCCUUCUGUCUGCUUCAAUCAUCAUCUCCUGUCUCCUUCAAUCGUUUCCACCUGUCUCCUUCAAGCAUCAUUGUCACUUUCAAUCGCCUCCUUCUGUCUGCUUCAAUCAUCAUCUCCUGUCUCCUUCAAUCGUUUCCACCUGUCUCCUUCAAGCAUCAUUGUCACUUUCAAUCGCCUCCUUCUGUCUGCUUCAAUCAUCAUCUGUCUCCUUCAAUCAUUUUUCCUGUCUCCUUCAAGCAUCAUUGUCACUUUCAAUCACCUCCUUCUGUCUGCUUCAAUCAUCCAUCUGUCUCCUUCAAUCUUUCAAUCCUUCAAGCAUCAUCCUGUCACUUUCAAUCGCCUCCUUCUCUGCUUCAAUCAUCAUCUCCUGUCUCCUUCAAUCGUUUCCACCUGUCUCCUUCAAGCAUCAUUGUCACUUUCAAUCGCCUCCUUCUGUCUGCUUCAAUCAUCAUCUCCUGUCUCCUUCAAUCGUUUCCACCUGCAUCUCCAAUUCCUUCAAGCAUCAUCAUCAUCUGUCUCCUUCAAUCGUUUCGCCUCCUUCUGUCAAUCGCCUCCUUCUGUCUCAAUCAUCUCUCCUGUCUCCUUCAAUCGUUUCCACCUGUCUCCUUCAAGCAUCAUUGUCACUUUCAAUCGCCUCCUUCUGUCUGCUUCAAUCAUCAUCUCCUGUCUCCUUCAAUCGUUUUCCACCUGUCUCCUUCAAGCAUCAUUGUCACUUUCAAUCGCCUCCUUCUGUCUGCUUCAAUCAUCAUCUCCUGUCUCCUUCAAUCGUUUCCACCUGUCUCCUUCAAGCAUCAUCAUUAUCCCUGUCACUUUCAAUCGUCUCCUUCCUGUCUGUCUUCAAGCAUCAUCUUUCAAUCGCCUCCUUCUGUCUGCUUCAAUCAUCUCUCCCUCCUUCAAUCGUUUCCACCUGUCUCCUUCAAGCAUCAUUAUCUGUCACUUUCAAUCGCCUCCUUCUGUCUGCUUCAAUCAUCAUCUCCUGUCUCCUCCAAUCGUUUCCACCUUUCUCCUUCAAGCAUCAUUGUCACUUUCAAUCGCCUCCUUUUUUCUGCUUCAAUCAUCAUCUCCUGUCUCCUUCAAUCGUUUCCACCUGUAUCCUUCAAGCAUCAUUGUCACUUUCAAUCGCCUCCUUCUGUCUGCUUCAAUCAUCAUCUCCUGUCUCCUUCAAUCGUUUCCACCUGUCUCCUUCAAGCAUCAUUGUCACUUUCAAUCGCCCUUCUGUCUGCUUCAAUCAUCUGUCCUGUCUCCUUCAAUCCUUUCCAUCAUCAUCAUUGUCUCCUUUCAAUCGUCUCCUUCUGUCUGCUUCAAUCAUCUCUCCUGUCUCCUUCAAUCGUUUCCAUCCUUCAAGCAUCAUUUGUCACUUUCAAUCGCCUCCUUCUGUCUGCUUCAAUCAUCAUCCCUGUCUCCUUCAAUCGUUUCCACCUGAAUCCUUCAAGCAUCAUUUGUCACUUUUUCAAUCGCCUCCUUCUGUCUCCUUCAAUCAUCAUCUCCUGUCUCCUUCAAUCGUUUCCAAUCAUCAUCUCCUGUCUCCCUGUUUCCUCCUUCAAGCAUCAUUGUCACUUUCAAUCGCCUCCUUCUGUCUGCUUCAAUCAUCAUCUCCUGUCUUGUUCAAUCGUUUCACCUGUCUCCUUCAAGCAUCAUUGUCACUUUCAAUCGUCUCCUUCUGUCUGCUUCAAUCAUCAUCAUCUGUCUCUUUCAAUCGUUAUAUUCCGUUUCCUUCAUGUGUCUUCUUUCGUCUCCUUCAAUCGUUAUAUUGUGUCAGAUUCAUCGUCAUGUUUUGUUUCUUUCAAUUGUCCCCUUCUGUCUCCAUCUAUCUUCAUUUUCUGUCUCUUUCAUUUUCCAUCUUGUGUAUCCUUCAAUCGUAAUCUUUUGUCUCCUUCGUAUGUCAUCUUCUGUCACUUUCAAUCAUCAUUUGUCUCUGUUAAUCGUCAUCUUCUGUCUCCUUCAUUUGUCAUCAUUCUACUUCAAUCGUCAUCUUCUGUCAACAUCAUUUGUCAUCAUGUGUCCCUUUCACUUGUCAUCUUCUUUAUACUUUAA